AUGUUUGACAAUCCGAAAUUGCUUGCGGGUGCUGCUGGCGACAACCACUUUAUCGUGUGGGAACAUGAGUUGGAGUAUGAUGUGGAUGGGAAUGCACGUGCUCUCCAGUGGAAGCAAAUUGCUGGUGGCGAGGUCAAGAGUCUGCGUUACAUCAUCUCUUCUCCGGUCGAGAACGACGAGACCAACGAAGUCGUGCAACAAGCGCUUGCGAACAACGGCAAACAGCUUGGACAAUGGCCAGAACGAGUCGAGUUUGCGGCAACAACACAGGAGGGCCAAGCAUUGCUUGCGUCUGCGAACGGGAGGAGAACUGCAUGGAUGCUGAUCAGUCACAAGGCGGACUUUGGUUUGAAGACUUGUGGAUGCUUGCAAUUCCUUGGGCCUUGGAACGUUGGUCACUAUGCUGCGGCAAGACGAAAGACGGGGUUGUUGGUUUAG